AAUACUUAUCCACGGAACUCGGCAGGGAGCUGAAGAUGAAGAGCCUGAUUAUCAAGCAUCACGACCCCACACCUGCUCGCGUCAUUCCCGUCGUAUUUGGGCACCUAAACUCGUGUUGGCAAUAGAUUAUACUCAGUAUAUAUUGCCUUUCUGCCCAUUAUAACGCCUCCUAUAGGCAUGAGACCAAGUGAAUUCAACCAAAGGAUUGCCUCUCGCCAGUAGUAGUUGGUGCUUAGCAGAAUGCGGGCCCAAUUGCUUCGAGAAGCGGAGAACGCCGCGAACCCCAGCACAACUCCAAAGCUCCUCCAUCACUACUCUUCGCUUCUCAACCCCGCCACCAAACUGUCCAUGGCUGAAGGCAAUACGAGCGUCCGUAUCCAACAUCAACCAUGGCGACAGUGAGUGGUCCACGUUUCUCAAUCUUGGUCAUCAACCCCAACACCUCUACGCAUAUGACAAGUGCCCUGGUCCCCAUCCUGGAAAAUCUCGGGUACACCGACGUUCACUUCCACUACUUCACAGCUCCGCAGUCCGAAUCCGUUACACUCCCCGAUGGUCGAGUCAUCCACGGCAUCCCUAGCAUCAAUUCGGGUGAGGACUCCGUCUUAUCGGCCCUUCACUGCAGGCCAUUUGUGGAACCGCUCGUGGCAAAGUACGAUGCUUUUCUCGUCGCAUGCUAUUCAGCCCACCCCCUGGUUGGGAUGCUCAGAGAGGCCAUCGAUAAGUUAGAAGAUGCAGCUUUGCUGGAGCUCGGGCCAACCGCAAAUAUCAAAAGGAAGUACGUGACAGGCAUCUUUGAAGGAAGCAUCGUGACUUCGCUCUCCCUGGUCAGCUCUUUUCAACUUACAUGGGAUGGAGGGUUCGGAAAAUCGCAAGCUAAGGACACAUUUGGUAUCGUCACUACUGGGAGUAGUUGGAAGAAUGAACUCACCAAUGCUGUUUCGGACAUGCUCGUCAACUCCGGUGAUAAAAACCCCUCUAACCGGUUUGUUGGUGUGGAAACAACUGGGCUCACGGCCGUCGAGCUCCAUACCACCCAACCUGAAGAAGUACGACGAAGGAUUAUCGAGGCCACCGAACGGCUGAUCAAAGCAAACCCACGCCCUGUAAGUGCGAUUUGCCUAGGAUGUGCAGGCAUGGCCGGUAUGGAGGAAGCUGUUCGUGAAGGCUGCAUCAAAGCAUACGGUCGAAAGCAAGGUAGCCGUGUGAAGAUAGUCGACGGCGUUGUCUCUGGUGCUGGUAUGCUUGUGACGGCGUGCAAAGCUGGUUUCUAACGUCAUGCUUUAACGAUCUACGAGUUCAUAUUAAGACGUAUUUGAGAUAUGAUAUUGGAGAGAUUAUCGGACUCGACCUAAGGAAUGUGGAAAUAUCAAAAGAAGUACAUUGAUGGCUUGACGAGAGCAUAUUUUUUUUAUGGGCGAAACAAAUGAGAAGCGCUAGCAGCUGCAUAGUUGUUAUGAAAAUCAGAUCAGCUAUAAUUGAGCCUCGAUUCAUGAAAACACAUUAAUUAUUGACCCUGG